AUGGUGAAAUUAACGCCGGAAUUAAUAAACCAGUCCAUGCAAUUCAUCAACCCCUGCCGGGAACGUGAACUGGAUUUACGUGGCUACAAAAUACCACAAAUAGAAAACUUGGGCGCAACGCUGGACCAAUUCGACACCAUAGACUUAUCCGACAACGAUCUCAGGAAAUUGGACGGACUGCCUUAUCUAUCACGUCUGAAAUGUUUACUUCUCAAUAACAAUCGUAUCCUUCGAAUCGGUGAAGAUUUACAUGAAUGUGUGCCUAACCUAAAUUCGGUGAUAUUGAGUGGCAACAACUUGCAAGAAUUGGGCGACUUGGAACCACUAACGCAGCUCCAACAUUUGGAAACAAUUUGUCUUCUUAUGAAUCCCGUGUCCACAAAACCCUACUAUAGAGAAUAUAUGGCGUACAAAUUUCCACAUUUAAGACUUUUGGAUUUUAGAAAAAUCAAACAGAAGGAUCGCAAGGCAGCCAUUGAAUUCUUCCGUUCGAAACAGGGUAAGGAGCUGUUGAAAGAAGUGGCGAAAAAAUCGAAACAAAGCGCAGCUGCUGCUGCCUUGGCCGAUGGUUCUGCUGCCAAGGCUGGUGGUGGACGUUUUGCCAAUCCAGAAGAUAUUCGCCGCAUACGAGAAGCAAUCAAACGUGCCAGCUCUCUGGCAGAAGUUGAGCGACUAUCACAGAUUCUACAAAGUGGCCAAAUUCCCGAUAAUUUUGUUCUGGAACAAAACGGAUCAACGACCAACGGAACAAGUAGCGGCGGUGGUUCAGAUGCAGCCAUGGAACAUUAG